AUGAGGACCCUGCUACUUACAACCAUUCUGCUGGUGCUGCUCUGUAGCACUCAAGUGCUCACACUCAGGUGUUACACCUGUGACAUGGCUGAUGCUGACUGCAAGCAAGAGACAGAAUGUCCACCAUCGAGCAUGUACUGCAGAACUGUGGUGACUGCGGACACAGUGACUCGUACCUGUGAGGAGAUGUGUGCCUCAGGUGUCAAUGUCUACUGUUGCCAGGGAGACCUGUGUGAGAACUGA